AUGAUGCGAUCGUACGGACGACAGGACUUGGAAGCGGGUCCUCUUGAGAAACGGGCGUGGACGCUUCAAGAGCGCUAUCUUGCGCGGCGUUUCCUCGCGUUCAUGCCGCAUGGUAUCACGUGGACCUGCAAGACAACUUCGCUAGAUGAGGAAGGGCGUACAUGCACUCAAUAUAUCCGCUCCGAUGACUGGUUCAAGCUAUUAGAGAACUAUACAAACAGAGCUCUGACAGUUCCCUCAGAUCGUCCCAAGGCUAUCAAAGGAAUGGCCGAAGAGAUCCAAAGUUCACGGAAAGAUCGAUACACGCCAGAGUACGGUGUGUGGGAAGAGGGACUUGUACUUCAGCUCCUUUGGAGGAGUGAUGGCCCACACUUUGACGACGGCAAGUUGCCUCAUAUUCCAUCAUGGAGCUGGAUUGCCACGAAGGAUGUCAAGGCAUGGCCAGUCCAUUUCAAUCGGGGAUUUCAUGGAAAGUUCGAGCACUCAGAUGACAUGCCGGAAGAAUUGGUGAUUACCCCUGAAGGCGACCUGCGCUUAUUUGGACACUUGAGUACUAAAGAGCGGGCUACAAGCUACGCACGCCACGCAUGGACUGUGGAGGACCUCGACCUUGGAGUCCUGCCAGAACUUCACGCCCCUUUCUAUGGCACAGAAGUUGGACGAGGCGAACAUAUUCAUCAUGUCAUCACGCAAGACAUGCAUGACGCUUGUCACCAGACAGUUCUGGGGAUCCGCAAGAAGGCGGAGUGGGAGGAAGUCCCAAACGAGGAGGAGCUCCAAGACGAUAAUUUCCAUGAGCAGAAUCACCUCAACUUUGACACGCCAUCGUCAGAACAGGACGACGACGAUCCCAAUCCCAAUCCCUUCCCUAAAUGCAUUAUUAGGGCCUACGACUGGUCAAAGACUUUCGCCGUAAUGGAUGCUCCAUUCGUGGAAGAGCAGACUGUCGUAGGAAGUAAUCCCCCUGACUUGCGCGCUAAGACUAAUGUUCGAUAG